GGUUAGAGAUUCAAAAAUACCAUCAGAGGAAGCAGAAUGGAAGAAGAGAUCAAGAGCUUUAUCCAAGUAUGGAUUACAGCAAUCAUCUCUCUUUUCUAUUGUUACUUCAUAGCUGCAAAGAUCCCAGACGGCAAACUCAGGCUCCUCUCCCUUCUCCCAGUCAUCUACCUAUUCAUUGUUCUCCCAUUCAACCUCUCCUCCAUCCAUCUCUUAGGUCCAACAACCUUCUACCUCACCUGGCUCGCAAAUUUCAAGCUUCUACUCUUCUCCUUCGAUCAAGGCCCUUUAUCUCUCACCACCCAACCUACUCCAUCGCUCCUCCAAUUCAUCUCCAUUUCUUGUCUUCCCAUCAAAAUCAAACAAAACCCAUCUCAGAUCCCCAAACUCAAAGAAAACCCAUCUCUCCAAUACACUAAAUCGCCCCAAUCGGCUCUGCUUAUGUUCUGUAAAGCCCUGCUUUUGGCACUUGUGAUCCGUAUCUAUGACUAUAGAACGCAGCUACACCCAAUGGUCAUCUUAGCGCUCUACUGCUGCCACAUCUAUCUCGGCGUAGAAAUCAUUCUAGCCAUUGGUGCAGCCCUUGCUCGAACCCUGCUGGGUCUAGAUCUCGAACCCCAGUUCGAUGAACCCUACCUCUCUACUUCCUUACAAGACUUCUGGGGUCGAAGGUGGAACCUCAUGGUUACGAGUAUUCUACGCCCUACUGUAUAUAAUCCUAUACGAAGUAUUUCUACAAGUAUUUUAGGGAGGGAGUGGGCCCUACUGUCUGCCCUUGUGGCAACGUUCCUGGUGUCGGGUCUCAUGCACGAGGUCAUUUACUUUUAUCUCACGCGUGUGAGUCCUACAUGGGAGGUGACGUGGUUCUUUGUUCUCCAUGGAUUCUGUACGGCUAUGGAAGUGGUGGUGAAGAAGGGUUUGAAGGGAAGGUUUGAACUGCAUCGGGCGAUUUCGGGUCCGUUGACGGUUGGAUUUGUGGCUCUUACCGGUUAUUGGCUGUUCUUUCCACAAAUUACAAGGAAUCAUGUGGAUGAGGGAGCGAUAAGGGAGUAUAGUAUUUUGCUUGACUUUGUAAAGGACAAGUUCCGUCUUCGUUGAAAAUACUCACAAAA